GGGAUGUCAAUGCACUAAGCACAAAGUAUAACUGUGUAGAAUUCACCCCGCCAGAUUAGCAGAUAGUAGAUACAUACCUACAUAGUAGUACCUAGUAGGCUACGUAGGCUGCUAGUAGCUCUCCAAGUUCAAGUGUCAUCGUCAUUUCUGGUUUCUGUUUCCUCUUUCAUCUUCACCAUCUUCUUCAAACACAUACAACAACUUGAGGUUAGGCCCUAACCCUGACUCUCACUCAAAUUUAUACCUUGACCCUGGCCGGACCAAAGCCAUUAUUAUCAAUAUGAUCAAUUAUUCUGUUGACUUAUAAAUUCCGCUUUGUCUGAACCUUACUUGCCCUUACCUAUUCCUUAUUCCUUCCUGGAGUGUUUGGACUCCCAAGUGAGACAUUAUCUACCUAGCCUAGGAUUCAUACAUAGGACGGACUCUAGCCAAAAGGCCAACAUAUCUUUAAAAAUCUAUCAGCAAAUAUAUACGUGAUAAGCAGCGGUAUCGUUGAAAUAGUUAUAGAAACAAGCAUCUAGUACAGCCAAAAUGAGUAGCCCGAGGUCCACAUCGGAAGAGGCCGAGGACCAUGUCCCGGAUUAUUAUGUCGAUGCCACAGAAGAGGAUACCGAAGACCCCGACUACGAUGAAGAUGAUGAAGAUGAUGAAGAUGGUGAAGAUGGUGAAGAAAUAGAUUAUGACGAUGUGGCCCAGGACUUGUUUGAGGCUGAUGACGACGAGUUUCACGAUGCCGAAGAAGGCAAUGUUUCGUUAUUGGUUCAGAUAGAGGACGAUGACAACGAGUCCGGAGAUGAUGAGGACGGUUUAGAACUAACGAACGUUACGCAGGUGGCGGGCCUACCUCAACGACAGCGAAUCCUUGUUAGAUACUACCAGGGACCGCGCCGCUCCGAGCGAACCCGCGAGUUGGAUCCGGAUCGGUUUCCUAAGGUCCCGAGUGAGAAAGGUAGGGAGCUGAUGAACUCCGGCACCUUUGGCGCGAACGAUAUGCCUAGCUCUAUUACCACAAAGAAGCGGCUCGCCCGCCGUAUACUUGACCGCGAGCUAGGGAUAGGGAACAGGACUGAUCAUCGAAUUAACCAAGGCCUGAUGGCGCAGUCAAUGAUCCCGAGUUCGGAAACUGAUAUGGCCAUCAAAUUUGAGGAGGGCGUAUAUUCUGGCCAAUUCUCGGACGACGGCAAUUUCUAUUUUGCCUGUGUCAAAGACAUGAAGGUCCGAAUGUACGAUACCUCCAACCCGUAUAACUGGCGGCAUUAUAAGACAGUGCCCUUCACCUUUGGGUCUUGGACCCUGACAGACGCCUCCCUCAGUCCCGAUAACAAGUGGUUGGCGUACACCUCCAUCCAGAGCAACGUUUGUUUAGCUCCGACUGACCCAAAUGACACGGGCGACCCUUACAUGCUAAGCUUAUCGGAGCACGGUGGAAGACCGGGCUGGCGUGGCGGGUUCGCCAUCUUCUCGAUCCGUUUCUCCGGCGACGGCCGAGAGUUAGUUGCUGGGACAAGCAGUAAUUCGAUCGUGGUAUACGAUAUCGAGUCCAGACAGGUGCUGCACACUAUCAUGGGUCACGUCGAUGAUGUCAAUGCAGUGUGCUUCGCGGACAAGUCGUCGCCGCACAUCCUAUACUCAGGAAGCGACGAUGCGACCAUCAAAGUGUGGGACCGACGAAGCAUGGGCGAUGGGCGAGAAGCAGGCGCAUUCGUAGGCCACAUCCAUGGGUUAACGUAUAUAGAUAGCAAAAACGAUGGGCGGUACCUGUUGAGCAACGGCAAAGACCAGAGCAUGAAGCUGUGGGACCUAAAGAUGAUGUAUACGACGGCGCGUUUCCACGAGUUGAACCCGCGCCGGCAUCUGCGGAAUCAAAACGAUGACUAUCGCUGGUCUGCCUGGGAUGACAGGGACUGGUUCCCGCACCCCAACGACAACUCACUAGUUACGUUCCGUGGACAUAAAGUUUCACGCACAUUAAUCCGCUGCCACUUCUCGCCACCCGGGAGCACGAACUCGCGGUACGUAUAUUCGGGUAGCCAUAACGGCAGAGUGUAUAUAUACAACAUGGAUGCCACAAUAGCUGCUGUUGUCAACGUCGAGGAACCCACAACCAAGAAUCAUCCAGAGUUACCGUGGCGACAUGGGUUUCAUGACGACCACGGCUAUGCUGGUCUAUCUACCGUCGUGAGAGACGCGAGUUGGCAUCCCACUGCCCCUUUUAUCGCUACAUCCUCAUUAGUUAGCCGAGGCGAUGCUCAGGGCAUGAUCACACUACAUUCUUAUAAUGAGUCUUCGUUUGACGAGGGAGAACCCGAGAUGGGUGCCGACUACGAUGAACAGCUCAGACCCUGGUCAUGAUAUAUCCCUAGACUCGGACGAGAAUGAGAGUAAGGGAGAUGAUGACAAUUUCUAGGUAUCUUAAAUUAUAGCUGCUUCUUUAUUAUGACAGCGGAUAUUGAACAGGCUGGAUAGUCGCGAUUUGCUUUCUGUUGGACAAUUAUCUAUGAACUUACGAAUAUCUGGCGCAAGAAUAUCAAGGCACAUGAUAUUUAUAUGCAAGGGUUUGGACGGAGACACAAAGUGAUAUUAGCUGGUCUUGUUCAGGUUGUCGUUCGUUCUCUCAAGAUGUUGAGAUGCAAUGUCAUGUAACGACUUGAUGAAAUCCGAGUGGGAGAGCAUAACAAAUACAUAAAUAUAUUCAAUGACCUCCCAAGCUUGCCCCUCUUGAAUUAUUGAGCAAAACCGAUGUGUUUUCUUUUUGACCCAAGCCGCGAUUAUGAAUGGUACAUCGUAUUAUAUCACACUGCCAUCAAUGAUUCGCAGCAGAGCAUCAGGGUGUUCACCCCCCCCUAGGUUUUUUUU